AUGGCCUUUCUAAUUCUCUCCCUGCUCAUGUACCUAAACAUGGGCUCUGGGUGUCACCAUCGCACCUGUCACUGCUCCAACAGGGUUCUCCUUUGUCAAGAGAGCCAGGUAACAGCAAUUCCUUCCGACCUCCCCAGGAAUGCAGUGGAACUGAGGUUUGUCCUCACUAAAAUUCGAAUCAUCCCCCAAGGAGCAUUUUCGGGAUUUGGAGACUUGGAGAAAAUAGAGAUCUCACAAAAUGAUGUAUUGGAAAUAAUAGAAGCAAAUGUAUUCUCCAAUCUUCCUAAAUUGCAUGAAAUCAGAAUUGAAAAGGCCAACAACCUGCUUUACAUCCACCCUGAGGCCUUCCAGAACCUUCCAAACCUCCGAUAUUUGUUAAUCUCUAACACAGGUAUUAAGCACUUGCCAGCUGUUCGCAAGAUCCAGUCUCUUCAAAAGGUUCUACUAGAUAUUCAAGAUAACAUAAAUCUCCGCACAGUCAAAGAAAAUUCUUUCAUGGGGCUUAGUCUUGAAAGCGUGAUUCUGUGGUUGAAUAAAAAUGGGAUUCAAGAAAUACGCAACUAUGCAUUCAAUGGAACCCAAGUUGAUGAGCUAAAUCUAAGUGAUAACAAUAAUCUGGAAGAACUUCCUAAUGAUGUUUUCCAGGGUGCUUCUGGACCAAUUAUCCUAGAUAUUUCAAGAACCAGGAUACAUUCCCUGCCUACUUAUGGCUUAGAAAAUCUCAAGAAACUCUGGGCGCAGUCGACGUACAACUUGAAAAAACUUCCUAGUCUGGACAAGUUGGUCUCUCUCGUGGAGGCCAGCCUCACCUACCCUAGCCACUGCUGUGCCUUUGCAAACUGGAGGAGGCAAAUAACUGAGCUUCAUCCAAUUUGCAACAAGUCUAUUUUCAAGCCAGAAGUUGUCAUGCCUCAGGCUAAUGAUCACAGAGUUGAUGUGUCUGAAGAUGAGGAGUCCAGCUACACUGAAGGAUUUGACACAAUGGAUGGUGACUUUGACUAUGAUUUAUGCAAUGAAAUCAUUGAUGUGACUUGCUCUCCUGAGCCAGAUGCAUUCAACCCAUGUGAAGAUAUCAUGGGACAAGAUAUUCUCAGGGUUCUGAUUUGGUUCAUUAGCAUCCUGGCCAUCACCGGCAAUAUCCUAGUCUUAGUAAUCCUGAUUAGCAGCCAAUACAAGCUCACAGUGCCCCGGUUCCUCAUGUGCAACCUAGCCUUUGCUGAUUUCUGCAUUGGCAUUUACCUUUUGUUGAUAGCAUCCGUUGACAUCCACACCAAAAGCCAGUACCACAACUAUGCCAUUGACUGGCAAACUGGAGCAGGUUGUGAUGCUGCUGGCUUUUUCACAGUCUUUGCCAGUGAGCUCUCAGUGUACACUCUGACAGCCAUCACGCUGGAAAGGUGGCACACCAUAACCCAUGCCAUGCAGCUUGACUGCAAGGUGCAGCUCCGCCAUGCUGCCAGUGUCAUGCUGGUAGGGUGGCUCUUUGCUUUCACUGCUGCCCUCUUUCCUAUCAUGGGCAUCAGCAGUUAUAUGAAGGUGAGCAUUUGCUUGCCCAUGGAUAUUGACAGUCCCAUGGCACAGCUCUAUGUCAUGGCCCUUCUUAUCCUCAAUGUUCUGGCCUUUGUGAUCAUCUGUGGCUGCUAUACCCAUAUCUACCUCACUGUAAGGAACCCCAAUAUCGUUUCUUCCUCUAGUGACACCAAGAUCGCCAAGCGUAUGGCCAUGCUCAUCUUCACAGACUUUCUUUGUAUGGCCCCCAUAUCCUUCUUCGCUAUCUCUGCUUCCCUCAAGGUUCCCCUUAUCACUGUAUCCAAGUCCAAGAUUCUCUUGGUCCUGUUCUACCCCAUCAACUCCUGUGCCAAUCCCUUCCUCUAUGCCAUCUUCACCAAAAACUUUCGCAGGGAUUUCUUCAUUUUUCUGAGCAAAUUUGGCUGCUAUGAAAUGCAAGCUCAUAUUUAUAAAACAGAUACCUCAUCUACUGCCCAGAACUCCCAUCCAAGGAAUGGCCACUGCUCUUCAGCUCACAGGGUUGCCAAUGGUUCCAGUUAUACACUUGUCCCCCUAAACCAUAUAGCCCACAACUCAACCACAGUGCAUAAAUGUAUCGGUUAA